UUCUUGCUUGGCGGUGUGUGUGGAUGUCAGUGUACCAGAUUGAAGCCCGCACAGGGGUCGUAACACCAUGGGGCUCUUCGCUGUCAGUGUCGGCCCCUUUCGGAACCGAGUCCGGAAUGUUCGGACAUGGAGUCGACUUUUUGCAUCCAUUUCAGCAACUUGUCGAUAUGGCGGGGCUCUCGCGCGGAAGACAUCACUGAUCCAGAGGCAAUGUUCAGGACUGCACCAAAACAGAUGUCAUUUUAUUCGUUUACUCAACUCAGCCAAACCACCCAGAGGGUUUGAAAAGUUCUUCCCAAAAAGUACAGGGACCACGGGUGCCGACAAAUCCGCUGACAAUGCAAAAAAUAAGGAACCUUUUGGUAAACAACAAGGGGAGAUGGACAGCAAGGGCAAUGAAGGUCAAAGAGGAGGAAAAAAGGAGGAAGAACCAGAUUGGUGGGCACGUUUUCAGAAUGAUUUUCCAUUGGAUGAAAAAACGCUAAGGAACCUUGCAAUUGGCGCAGCUGGCAUGGCUUCUGCAUUUCUCUACUUUUACUUUCGGGAGACUGGCAUCCAGAUCUCCUGGAAAGACUUUGUGCACCAGUACUUGAGCAGAGGUUUGGUUGAUCACCUGGAAGUUGUCAAUAAACAAUAUGUCAAAGUCAUUCCAGCGCAUGGUGUGAACAAAUCUGAUGUGAGCUAUUUAUGGUUCAACAUUGGUAGCGUGGACUCAUUUGAGAAUAACCUGGAAGCAGCACAGCAGGAACUAGGUUUGGACUCCAGUUUCAGAGUACCUGUCUUCUACACCAGUGAGAGUGAUGGCCUAUUCUCUGCCCACACCACCUCCCCAAGGACGCUGUUUUAUAGCGUCUUCCCAACCUUACUACUAGUUGGCUAUUUCAUUGCGACUCGGCUGGGCCCGAUGGUGGGGCCCCGUGGCGGAAGAGGCCGAGCAAACCCCUUCAAAAUGAGUCAGUCCAAAGCCAAGAUAAUCAAAAACGACAAUGGUGUGGGAUUUAAGGAUGUCGCAGGUUGUGAGGAAGCCAAACUAGAGAUUUUGGAGUUUGUCAACUUCCUAAAAAACCCUCGACAGUACCAGGAGCUCGGAGCCAAGAUCCCCAAGGGUGCAAUAUUGUCGGGUCCACCCGGAACAGGAAAGACCUUGCUAGCUAAGGCCACUGCAGGAGAAUCUAAAGUUCCUUUUAUCACUGUCAGCGGCUCAGAGUUCCAGGAAAUGUUCGUUGGCGUGGGCGCUGCAAGGAUGCGAGAUAUGUUUGCCAUGGCACGUAAAAAUGCCCCCUGCAUUCUCUUUAUUGAUGAGAUUGAUGCGGUGGGCAGAAAGAGGGGAAAAGGAAACUUGGCAGGACACAGUGAACAAGAAAACACUCUAAACCAGUUACUAGUCGAAAUGGACGGCUUCAACAGUAGCACCAAUGUAGUUGUUUUGGCUGGUACCAAUCGUGUCGAUGUCCUGGAUCCCGCCCUGAUGAGGCCGGGACGCUUUGAUCGACACAUAUACAUUGGUCCUCCAGAUAUAAGAGGCAGAGCUUCCAUCUUUAAGGUGCAUUUGAGACCUCUUAAGUUGGAACCUAGUAUAAAAGUUGAAACAUUAGCCAAAAAGUUGGCUGCAUUAACUCCAGGUUUUACUGGGGCAGACAUUGCAAAUGUCUGUAAUGAGGCCGCACUAAUAGCGGCACGCCAUCUACACCAGCAUAUCAACUCCAAGCACUUUAAACAGGCCAUUGACCGGGUCAUUGGAGGUCUAGAGAAAAAAUCUCAGGUAUUGCAGCUUCCAGAACGGACCAUUGUGGCCUAUCACGAGGCUGGACAUGCUGUGUCUGGCUGGUUUCUAGAACAUGCAGACCCGCUUUUGAAGGUGUCUAUAGUUCCCAGAGGAAAGGGUCUGGGUUAUGCUCUGUAUCUACCUAAGGAGCAGCACCUCUUCACACAAGAGCAGCUCUUUGACAGAAUGUGCAUGAUGCUUGGGGGCCGUGUGGCUGAACAGGUUUUUUUUUGUCGGGUCACCACGGGAGCGCACGACGACCUACGUAAGGUCACACAGUCUGCGUAUGCACAGGUUGUGCAGUUUGGAAUGAGCGAGGCAGUGGGUCAGAUGUCUUUUGAGCUCCCCCAGCUGGGGAACAUGGUGACAGAAAAGCCCUUCAGUGAGCCUACAGCUCAACUCAUAGACCAAGAAGUUCGCCAGCUCAUUGACUCUGCCUUCCAGAGAACACUUCAGCUCCUCACUGAGAAAAAAGCAAUGGUGGACAAGGUGGCCAAACGUCUCCUAGAAAGAGAUAUUCUAGAAGAGGCUGACAUGGUGGAGCUACUGGGGCCGCGUCCUUUUCGAGAGAAUUCCUCUUAUGAGGAGUUUGUGGAGGAGCUCGGGGAUCUGGAGGAAGACACCACACUCCCUGAGGGGCUGAAGAACUGGAACAAACGGGACAAUAAACAACCGCAGCAGGAACAAAACAAAUCUGCUGUUUUCUUGAUACAUUGUCAAGAGAAAUAAGCUUCUGGAUUCACAGAGAGGUGAACUGCCGCCUGUUUUUUUUUUGGUCAACACAAUGGUGAUCAUGAUAUGUGCAAUUGUUUUGUUUUAGUCAAUAACAGCCUAGAUGAGGUUCUAUUUAGAAGCCAUUUUGUAGCAUGAUGUCACUGCCAGUGAUUUAUACCUAUGUUCUACCAUUCAUUCAUUCGUUUACUUUGUUAGUCCCAGAGGGGAAAUUCAUGUUUUUAGCACAAUCCCAUUCAAGAGCAUAUAUUCAGUACAUUACAGGGAGACAAAACAGGAACGCUGACAUGUCAGCUAACUUCCGGCAUCUCUUAAAAAGGUGGGAAAAAAAAUACACGAUGGGCUCCUGGGGAGUGGUUCAGACUGAGGCCAAGAAAAAAAACUCAAUAGCCAUAAGCACACAUAAACAUGUUACAUAGAAUCCACAAAACUUGCAACAGAGGGGAGGGAGUGGGGGCUACCGUGGCAGGCUGCUGCUAUUUAAAACGCUGCUCAGCUGUCCAUCAACCCUAAUAGAUCGAAGCGGUGGUGAAGGCGUGAUGUGGAGGGUAGUGGUGUGUGUGUGUGCAUAUGCCCGAGUGCAGUAAAUAAAUCACCAUGUAUGUAUGUACAGUAUUAGUGCAAGUAUAUGUCUGUCAUUUUAAAAAGCUAUAAUGUACUCAUUGCCUUAAAACACACACACACAAACAUUUCUGUGUACCAGAUGGAGAUGAGUAGGACAAACACGUGCAGACACAUGGGUAUUUCUCAAAUCCACCGAAAACUACUAAUUGUAUUCACUAAACAAAAAUAAAGACAAUCUUUAUAUUGAUAUGAUUGCUCCUUUUAAACCAAAAAAACGAAAUUAUAUGUAGUCAUAUAAAUAGUGUAAGUAAUAAAAGGCUAUUUAGUUUAAUUACAAGAAUAAGUUAUAUACCAUUUUCAUAUGAAAGGUAGCCUUAAAUGAUAAAUGUUGUUAUCUAGUGCUAUAUGGAACAUAACAUUUGAAAAACUUGACACCUUUUUAGAUGCUAAUUCAGGCACUUAUAAGGUUGUGUGUCUAUAAUAAGCUAAUCUUUCUGUUCACGUGUCUGACCAGGCAAUUGCUUUUUAACAAGGUAGCAUUUUAUUAAAUUUAAAUCAUAGGUACUGUGGAAGGUUUCUAUUUGUGUGUGGAGAGUGAUGCAGUGCAAUAAUCUCACUACCUCACAGUUGAUGCUUAUAAAGACAAUUAUAUUUUCAUUUCUGUUCAAGUGUUAUUUAGUCUUAGCUCACAUAAAUUUCUAUAUGAGCAAUAAGAGUUGUAAUGUUUGUACUGGCUGACAAAAUUCAGACAAGUGCCUAUUCAGUGUCAAUGAAAGCUUUUCUUUUUUUAAUGUUUUAACGUUUUUUGUUUAAAAGCGUCACUUCUUGUUGAAUGCAGUAAAAUGUGACGAAAAUGAAGGAAACCAUUUCAAACUAUUGGGAUGCACACAUAUUAAACAUGUUUUAUACUCA